AGGAAGAAAGGAAGAAAUGAUGUGCAGAGACUUUGGGAGUGUGCCAGCAUUCUUUAUGCUACAGAGAAACACAGUAUGGAUAAAAGGGAGGGAAAAAUGGGGAACCCACAGGAAUCACCAUAGGAACCAGGCUUCUUAGGUACCUUACUCUGGGUCUUCAGAUAAUUCUGAGCUUGUAAACCUGCAGCUCCAACUCUCUCUCUGGAGACAAAGAGUUCUUUGCUAAUGUCUGCUUCUACCUCUGUUCCCACAGAUCACACUGGUGAAGUGAAUGGCUGUGAAAAAUGACUCUUCAGUGAUUGAAUUUAUCUUUAUGGGAUUAACAGACCAACCUGAGCUCCAGCUGCCGCUGUUUUUUCUGUUGUUGGUGAACUAUGUGGUCACUGUGGUGGGGAAUUUAAGCUUAAUUAAUCUGAUUCGCCUGAAUUCUCACCUUCACACCCCCAUGUACUUUUUCCUAUUCAAUCUGACCUUCAUUGAUCUCUGCUAUUCAUUUGUCUUUAUUCCCAAAAUGCUGAUGAGCUUUAUUUCUGAGAGGAACAUUAUCUCCUUUGCAGGAUGCAUGACUCAGCUAUUUUUCUUCUGUUUCUUCGCCAACUCUGAAUGCUAUGUGUUGACAGCCAUGGCCUAUGAUUGCUAUGUGGCCAUCUGCAAGCCCCUGCUGUACACAGUCACCAUGUCCCCGAAGGUCUGUUCCCUGUUGAUGUCUGGUUCAUACAUGAUGGGAUUUGCUGGUGCCAUGGUGCACACAGGUUGUAUGAUCAGGUUGACCUUUUGUGACUCCAACAUCAUCAACCAUUAUGUAUGUGACAUCUUCCCCCUCCUCCAGCUCUCCUGCAGCAGCACCUAUGUCAAUGAGCUUGUGGUUUCCAUCGCAGGCAUAGUUGUCACAGUAUCCGGCCUCAUUAUCUUUCUCUCUUAUGCUUUGAUUCUUUUGAAUAUCCUUCACAUGUCAUCAUCUAAGGGUUGGUCCAAAGCCUUCAGCACCUGUGGCUCCCACAUAAUAACUGUUGGUCUAUUCUUUGGAUUUGGAAUGCUCACUCAUGUCAAACCAUCAUCUGCUGGGUUUGUGGAACAGGGAAAAUUUUUCUCAGUGGUUUACACCAAUGUGGUACCCAUGCUGAAUCCCUUUAUCUAUAGCCUCAGAAACAAGGAUGUCACACUUGCUCUGAAGAAAACUGUGAAGAGAAUGACACACUUAGCACAAGCAGAAGUGUUGCCUUAGUGUCUGACUCCAUUGCUAUGUCUUCUUCUCCUUCUCUUUAUCCCUUUUUUCCUCUUCUUCUUCUUUUCAUCUUUCUAAAGUAUUCUUUGAGAGAUUUUUCUCUAAUAUAUUUUAUUUUCUUACCAUGCACUGUAGCUAUGAGGACAUUUUCUUGGACUUCAGGGUCAUUCCAGUCCCUUUGUGACUCAACCUGAUUAUUUUUCCUCAUAUCAGAUGGAGACACUUGACUGAUUUCCAUUCUGUGGAAAGGUGACAGUGCCUAUCAUUUAUGUGUGUAUAUGUGUCUUUCCCACCCAAGGUGAACUGCAGAGUGAGGUGCUGUGUGACUAAUCUAUCUCUUUCUUGCUUUCUCUGAAAUAAGUGUAUUGCCUUUCUUGUUUCAAGGGAGUUAACACUUAGGAUUGCAUUAAAACAGAGAAAGAUGUGACAAAUGUAGACAUGGUGCAGUUAUAAAAAUUCCCAGAAUUUUUCAUCGUUCUUUGAGAAAUAGUUUUUGUUCUGGAUUUUCAGCCUCACAUCUGUAAGUUACCAAAUACCUUGUUGAAUCAUGGUUCUAUUAUCCCUGAGGAUGUGUGAAGACAGAUGAGCGUCACCGCUCUGCUCACCUUGCACAAACCACUCCUCUGCAGAAAAUUAUAGGAAGUUCGUUUGAAUGCCUCUACUUUAUUGCAUUGGUCAAAUGUGUUCUCAU